UGGGCGAGUAGUAGACAAAGAUGGCUCCGUCGCAAUGGCCGCUGGACAACGGCAGCAUUAGCUCCCCCGCGCUGCGCUGCGGCUCCAAGAACGUGGCCUCGUGCCUGCGCCGCGUGCAGUGCAGCGCCGUGCUCUUCGCGGUCCGCGUCUCGAAGCGCCCGCGGCUGCUGCGCCUGCUCGCGGUCCUCGUCGCGCUAGGCCUCGGCGUCGCGUAUUGGUACCACAAGUACUUCAACAUCAAGCCCGUCUUCCGGAGCGACAUGGACACCACGAUGACGACGGUCCCGCACUUCAACGCGGACCAGAUCCACACGCGCUGGACCGACGAGUCGUUCGAGUGCAUUGGGUGGCACGAGACCGACACGUGCGAGCCCGAGAACACGUACCCGCGGCGCGAGCUCGAAAAGAUGCGGUCGUGCUCCGAUAUGGUCGAGCGGCGCAAGGCCGGCUACUGCGAAGUGCGCAACCGCACGAGCGGCGAGACGCUGCGCCUCAUGGUCACGUCGUGCCGCAGCAUCGUCAACCGCGACUUUACGUGCGAUAUGGCCCGGGACUUUUCCGAGUUUUCGCUCCUCGCCAAGCACUACCAGCACUCGCCGAUGGCCACGUCGUUGACGCUGCCGACCGCGCAGCAGCACCCGCCGACGAAUGCGAUCUUGAUGAUUGUCUACGACAAGGUGCUCCCGUCGGCGUACGCAGCGAUCCGCGUUUUGCGCGACCACGGCUGCCAGAUCCCGAUCGAAAUGUGGUACCGUCCCGACGAAAUGUCGGCCGACGUGCCCCUCAUCCACGAGCUCACGCGCAACUACAACGUGCACAUGCGCGAGAUCUUUGACGAGCGCGCGCGGGGCUUCCACACCAAGCCGCACGCGGUCUACUACAGCGCGUACGACAACAUUUUGCUCUUGGACGCCGACAACAUUCCGGUGCGCGACCCGAGUUACCUCUUUGAGGACGCGACGUUUCUGCGGGAAGGCGCGUUGUUUUGGCCCGACUAUUGGCAGCCGACCAACUCGCUCUUUGACGUGCACAGCCACUCGCUCGUGUGGCAGCUCCUCGGCAUGGACUUCUGGGACCAAUUUGAGCAAGAGUCCGGCCAAGUGCUCAUCAACCGCCGCAUGGCCAAGGACGCGCUCAACAAGCUCAUGUACUACUCAACGCACGAGCCGCACCUCAUCGACAAGCUGUCGCUGGUCUGGGGCGACAAGGAUCUCUUCCGCCUCGCGUGGCGCAACACGUCGACGCCCUACCACAUGAUUGCGCGCCCACCGGCCAUCGGCGGCAUCUACAGCUACGCGAAGCGCAUCUUUUGCGGCCUCGCCAUGGUGCAGUACGACCCGUCGGGCAACAUCAUUUUCUUCCAUCGCAACUCGGUCAAGCUCGACGGGUCGGCGCACCAGCCGCACACGAUCACGCACAUCCAGCAGUACCGGGCGUCCCACCCCGUCUCGGACUACCGCGUCGGCCAGAUCAUCGCCGAGCUCAACCAAGAGAGCUGCUACCACAUUCGCUCCAACACGACGAUCGACGGCGAGUUUCCGACGUUCAUCACGCCGAUCGAGUACACGCCGUACGCUGCGAUCGAGCCGGCAGCGAUCAAGUACUCGAUCAUGGGCCGGAAGCUCCACGAAGCCGGCAUGGCGCAUCGGCGCGUGGGCGAGUCGCUCGUGUACCUCGGCGUCAUUGGCGCCGUCGUGCUCGUCUAUUGGCAGUACGCCAAGCGCGCGCAGGGCAAGCACCUCCCCGCGCGAUGGAAGUCGUACUAGCAAGUAUUUCUCAGUAGAGUAAGAAGUAGAGUAAGAUGAUGAAAAAGAGAAUUGCAUGCGUCG